UUCCCCCCCCUUCCUUCUUGCCUUCAAGCCAAGAGCGAGACGAGGAAAACUCCGAAAGGGAUUGAUUGGGAAGGAUUUGAAAAUCCCCGCGACGGCUUGGCCCUCGUUCUCGCGAGAUCUGCGCCUUGCUUUCUGCCUGCCGGUGAGGGGACCGCGAGGGGGGUUGGUUGGCUGGCUGGCUGAGGCGCGGAGGAAGAGGUUUUGCUGCGCAGGCGAGAGAGGAGCAAGCGGAGGACGGAGCAGGCCCGGCGGCGGCGGACAAGAUGCCGCUUUCCUGACCCGAAGGCCGCGUCGUGAGGGCAGAGGCGCUGACAGCCCGCCUCGGGAGCAGUGAAGAAUGCGAGACCUCAGAGCUCAUGUAACCAGCAAUCUGCUGCAGUUUCCAGAAGUGACUGUACAGGCACUUGGAGAAGAUGAGCUAGCAAUAGACUGUGUGCUUCAUGGAAAAUUCACCGGAGGACGAAGUGGACUAGCUUGCCUAGCAUGUGGCCCUCAACUUGAGAUAGUAAACACAGUCACUGGAGAACGGCUGUCUGCAUAUCGCUUUAGUGGGCCAAAUGAGCAGCCUCCUAUCAUUCUUACAGUGAAAGAGUUUUCCUGGCAGAAAAGAACUGGGCUGCUUGUUGGCUUGGAAGAAACAGAAGGGAGUGUGUUGUGUUUGUAUGAUCUUGGAAUAUCAAGAGUGAUUAAAGCAGUAGUUCUUCCUGGAAGGGUUACUGCCAUAGAACCAAUAAUUAACCAUGGGGGAGCCAGCUUGACAACACAACACUUGCACCAAAGUCUCAGGUGGCUGUUUGGUGUGGCUGCUGUGGUUACAGAUGUUGGACAUGUCUUUCUGAUAGAUCUUUGUCUAGAUGACUUGUCAUGUAGCCAGAAUGAAAUAGAAGCAUCUGAUUUAGAAAUUAUCACUGGAAUCUCUCCUGAAGUCCCACAAACAAGGGAAAUUACAACAAGGAAUGGUCGGCAUCUUUGUUUCCAGUUAUUGAAACCUUCAGGGAAUGCUGUGACAACUCUCUCAUACAUUCAUAGGACUAACCAGUUAGUUGUUGGAUUUUCUGAUGGAUAUCUCUCAUUGUGGAACAUGAAAACCCUGAAGAAAGAAUACCACUCCCAGUUAGAAGGAGGUAGAAUUCCUGUAUAUGCUGUUACUUUUCAAGAACCUGAAAAUGACCCUCGCAAUUGUUGUUACUUGUGGGCUGUUCAGUCAACGCAAGAAAGUGAAGGAGAUAUUCUUAGCUUACAUCUACUGCAGUUGGCCUUCAGUGACAGAAGGCGUUUGGCAUCAGGGCAAAUUAUGUAUGAGGGUUUGGAAUACUGUGAAGAAAGGUACACGUUGGACCUCACAUGUGGAAUUUUCUCUUUGAGGGGACAGAGUAGCAACACCAAAUUAAUUGGUUGCCAAACUGUAGAGAAGUUUCGAAGCCAUGUCGAUAGAGAAGAUGGCAUUAAUGAAGUCAUAUCACCUGACACAAGCGUGUCUGUCUUCAGCUGGCAAGUGAACACUUAUGGUCAAGGCAAACCAAAUACCUAUUUAGGUAUAUUUGACAUAAAUCGUUGGUAUCAUGCACAGAUGCCAGAUUCAUUAAGGCCAGGGGAAUUUCUACAUAAUUGCCCCUAUUUUGCAUUGUGGUCCCUGGAUGCAAUAGUAAGCAUGACUUCUCCACGUCGGAUCUUGGAUGUCUUAGUACACGAACGGAGCUUUAGUCGUGGUGUGCCACCUUCAUAUCCUCCACCUGAACAGUUUUUUAACCCAAGCACCUACAACUUUGAUGCUACUUGUCUGCUGGAUUCUGGAGUUGUUCAUCUGACUUGCACAGGGUUUCAGAAAGAUACUCUGCAUUUCUUAAAAAAAUCUGCUUCCUCUUUAAAUGAAGCUAUUCCUGAUGGUUAUAACAGAUGUCUGGUAGCAGGUUUGCUUUCUCCAAGAUUUAUUGAUGUACAGCCUUCAAGUUUGACUCAGGAAGAGCAGUUUGAAGCUGUAUUGUCAGCUGCCAUCCAAACCAGUUCUCUGGGGUUCCUCACUAGCUGCAUCAAACAAUGGACUGCUGGAGAACAACCAGAUUCUGCCACUAAGUUGCGCUUUGUUCUUGAAUGGACAUGGAAUAAAGUGGUGAACACAAAAGAAGAUUUUGUUCGUCUUUGUGUACCACUCUUUGAUGGAUCAUCAAACUUCAUUGACCCACAAACUCUGCAGUCUUUACAGCACUGUGAGUUGCUUCUUAGCAACCUUAGCACAGUUUUGAACUGUUUUGUAAUGGAAGCGAAAGCCCUGUCAGAAAAAGGCAUUACAAAUCUGACAAACAAGCAGGUUGUUGCUGGUCUCCUUUCACAGUAUAUGCAAGUGGUCAUUUGGUUCUGUCGAUCUAAUCUUCUUCCAGAAAGUUCAGAUGAAGAUACACCAUUGUCAAAACCUUUCUAUAAUUACCAACAUAUACAACGCUUUUAUGCUGGCUGCCGUCAAAAACUGGAACGGUUAUCCAGAGGCAAGUGGAACCCUAACUGCUUAAUGAUUGAUGGAAUGAUUUCCCAGUUGGGUGAUUCAGUUGUGAACCUGUGGCAGAGAGAUGAUGGAGGAACAGACAAAUAUCCUCCUCCUACGUUACAUGCACUGCUUGAUCUCUACUUGUCAGAAAGUAUAGAAGAACUCUACAAGCAUGCAAUUUCAAUUUAUUUACUAUUGGACAUCAUGCAUUCCUGUCCAAACAGGACUGAUACUUCAGUGGACUCUUUCCCAACUGCCUUUGCAAUUCCUAUAGGUCUGGUUAACUUAAUCCAAGGCUUUUGGUGUUUGGAUCACAAUGACUAUGAGAAUUCUCUGGCCUAUCUGUUUCAUCCAGCUACACUCAGAUUGUCUUGGCAACACACAAGGAUCAUUCAAGCCUUAAUGUGUCAAGGAGAGCACAAGCGAGCUCUCCGAUACAUACAAACAAUGAAACCCUCCAUGAUGAGCAGCAGUGAAGUGAUGCUUCAUCUAACUAUCUUGCUGUUUAACAGUUGUAUGGUGGAAGCUUGGAGUGUGUUGCGGCAACAUUCUACUCGGUUGAACGUAGAGGAAAUGCUCAAACAUAUAUAUGAAAUCUGCCAGGAACUGGGACUAAUGGAGGAUCUGCUGAAGCUGCCUUUCACAGAAACUGAACAGGAGUGUUUGCAGAAAUUCUUACAGACAAGUGCUGGUGUAAACAAUCACGAGUUCCUCUUAGUACACCACCUCCAGCGUGCCAACUAUAUUCCUGCAUUGCAGUUGAAUCAGUCACUCAAACAUAAUCUCAUGAGUGAUCGUGAUCCCCGAUGGAAAGAGAGAUCAGUUGUCAGAAAUUCUAUAUUAGACCAAUAUGGGAAAGUUCUUCCCAGAGUUCAAAGGAAGCUGGCUGCAGAGCGAGCCAAGCCUUACCAUUUGUCAUCUUCAAUACGGCGGGAAAUUAUGAGACCAAAGCCUUUGUCAACAGUUGCAAAGCAAGUUGCUGCAGGGAAUGUCAUUACCAAAUCAACUUUCAUCAAUAAUGUUCUAUCCAAAAUUGGAGAGGUGUGGGUGGGAACAGAAGAAAAAAAUAAAUCAUUUCACAAUGAAAUAACUGAAGAAGCAUUACCCAGCAUGCCCUCUACUAAUACCGAGUUACUUGAUCCGUUUGUUGGGACACCAGUUACUAAAUCAUUACGAAAAUGUUCCAGAUUGCUUGACUUGGUGGUCCAGCCUGCUUCUCUUGGUUCACCGCCCCUCCGAAGCUCAAGAGUUUCUGAUUCCUGCAUGCUUUCUAGUCCACUGCAUUCCAACCCUCGAUACUCCUUAAGAACAUUACUACCUAAGAACAUUGCAAGAGCACCAGAAUUAAAAUUACUGGAAACACCCCCUGUUGUUAAGAGAGCUAAAGCUUUGACAUCUAUAUCUUCCUCUGGCUUCACUGGUUUCACCCCUCAGUCCAUUUUGAGAUCGAGUCUUCGCACUACUCCUUUGGCUACUCCAACCUCAUCUCCAGGAAGAUCUAUUACACCCCCUGUGCGUGCAAAAGAAACAAAAAUAUCAUUUUUAGAAGAAAACAAAGCUUCCCAAUGGACUGUUCCAGUGACAGAUUGUAAAGCAAGGCACAGUGCAGUUUCAUCUGAAUAUAACACUGGCACACAACUGGAGGAUAUGUGGACUAAGCAAGGAAAAACUCCCUCCUUCUCCAUGAGCAGUCUCCAUGAAGACCAUGAACAUAGGAACCUAUCUUUAGAAAUUAUACAAGGCGAUCAUUUAGAUGAAACUGACACCUCAAAAGGAAUUAACACCAUUUGUGUCACGUCUGCACACCCGACUUCAAACUAUUAUGAUUCAGAAUUACCAGUUGACUAUGGGAGUAACACGUUUGUAGCCUCUCAGACAGUUCAUCUUUUCUCUGAAGACACUGUAAAUAUUCCAAGCUCAGCUGAGAGCGAUGACAGUGAGACAGCUGAAAGUGAUCCCUUAGAAAUGGAACAGCAGACAUCUCCAGAAGUAAAACUGUCAAUUGGAUUGUCUGAUAAAGAGACACUUCCUAAGGAUGAAGUAUUGGUGAUGGAUCAUUUAAAUGCUGUUGAAGACACUGUAGACUCUUUUGUGCCUCCUAAUGAAAGUGGAACAGAUGCUGUAGAAGCCAGUGUGCCAUCAUUGUUAAAAGAAGGGCUCCCGGCUGAGUCAAAUGCCAAAGCCUUGGAGCUAAAUGAAAGAGAUGAAGAAUCUAUCAUCAGUAUUCCUGAUAGUGACGACAUGGCUAGUAUUCAUUCCAAUGAUGAACUUGAAGUAGUAGCAUUAGAAGAAGACAAAGCAGAAGCCAAAGAAGAAAUUUCAGUAGUACUGCAGGAAGAAGCACCACUUGAUAGUGAACCUGAAAUUCAAGAUCGGAAAGUCAUUGGAGACAGAAAACAGGAAGCAUCAGUGGCAGAAACAGAAAUGGAAGCAUUGCCAAACUUGGAGCUAUGUCCCUCAAACAACCUCCACUUUCAGUACAACUGUGACACUGUGGAGGAGCAGCAGGUUACAUAUGAUGUUCCUGAUAAAGAUAUUGAAGAACCUCACUUUAAUGAAGGAGAAGGGGAGCUUGUCCUAUCAGAUAACAAUUUUUCUUUGAUAUUAGAAGGGGAUGAAGAGGCUGAGACAGAAAAUGCUGCUGCAUCAGACACUUCUCUUGUAUCACAUCAAUCAAAAGUAGAAGGUCAAAACAACAACCAGGAAUAUCUCACCAAUACAGUAUCCACAGUAACUAGUGAUGUGAUUUCUCAAAGCACUGCUGAAGUAUUGCCAUAUGUACCUGAACCUAUUCAGGUGGCUAUUGCUGAAAACCUUUUAGAUGUAAUAAAAGACACAAGAAGUAAAGAACUUGCCACUGAAGCAGUAGAACAAUCUGAUAAUGAGAGCAUAAACAAGAAGGUGUCAAGUUCCCCCCAGUCUCCCUUUGAGAAAAAGCAAGUUACAGAAUUGAGCCAAGUGGAAGGUUUGGUGGUAUCUAAUGCCUGUGCAACAGAGCAAUUGACACAAAGCCUGAAUGUCCCAUUGCCUGAUGACCAACCACUGACAGAGACUAAGAAAGCAGAAGUGCUAGUACUGCCCACCCCAAGAAGGAGUUCUAGGCGAGCAAAGGAGACUUCAUACAUUCCUAAAAAACUUCCUCCUGUCAGUUCUGAAGAAUCUCAAGAUCAGCAAGCACUCCAGACUUUGCUUGUUCCAGUAACAGAUGCCACCAAAGCAAAGGAUUCGGAUUUAGAAGAAUCGACAAAAGUUCAGACAGUUGUGCAGGGGUCUCAAGCAACCAUGACUCCAAGAGGGAGGCCGAAAAAACAAAAAAAACUUAUAUCAGAACUUCAUGAAUAUCCCAAUGAGCAACCAUCUUCUGGUUUCAGAAGGAGUUCAAGGCAUACAACAAGCUUAAGGGAUCAGGAAGGUAGUCAAUAUAUCAUUGAUCAUGCAAUACAGAUGACAGUAAAGCCUAAAAGUGCAAAGAAACUAAAGGCCAUUUCUUUUCAGCUCACAGACAAUGAAAUUUCAGAUCAGAUAGUGGAAUCCAGUGAACAGCUGCUGAGUCCCAAACCAAGUAGAAUGAGGUCAAGAAAGCAUGACAUACUGCAAGUAAUAUCUGAGACCGAAAAAGAACCUGAGAAACCAUCAUUGACUACACCGGGUAGAAGGGGCAGAAUGAGAAAGUCAAGUCUACCAGAAGCAACUUCUGAACCUGAUAUACAGCCAGCUGUUCCACCUGGACAAGAGGGAGUACAAAACACAAGUGUAUCGGGAGCAGUUCCUGGUCAUGGAACGGAACUUAUUGAACAAACACCUAUACAACCCCGGAAAAGAGGCAGACCAAGAAAGAAUCCUUUGACUGUUUCAGCAAAUUCGCAGCUACAUGUGUCUCAGUUAUCUCCUCCUCAAACAGACUCUAAAACUGUUGUCGCUACUAGAAGAAACACCAGAAGUAGAGCAUUAAAUCAGUCAACGAGGGCAGAAACUUCACUGCCUCUACAAGAGUCUACAGUGGACACUCCAAAGAGAAGAACUGCAAAGUCUGUGUCUCUGAGGAUAGAGGAAAGAGAAGUAGAAAACCCCCUUCCAGAAGAACGUUCUGUCCAGUCAAGGAAAACAGUAACUUCAGCAAAAAGUUCAGGAAGGAGACCGUCUAAGAUGACAUCAAUCAGAAAAAGGGGCCAACUCUCAUCUCGUUCUGAGGAAAGCACAGAAGAGGAGAAACAUUUGCCACAGGGAACUAGUGAUCCAGAAGAACUGCAGUCUGCAGACAUGACCAAAUUAAGGCUCAAUGAUACAGGGACAACUCUGGUACAGCAUGGCACUCACAGGACCAGAAACAAUAAAAAGGGUGUGGAUGAGAGCUUCUCUCUGGAUGAGGCUUUCUAUUUUUCUCCACCUCUAACAAAGCUCACAGAAAAAUCAAAAGGUGAAAAAGCAGUGACUCCUGUGCAGCUCAAAACUUUAGAAGCAGGCUUGACUUCUCAGUUUGUCUUCUCACCUCCUGUUUUGAGAUCCAGGAAAAAACAAGCAUCCAGUAUUUCAAGGAUUGUGGAAGAAUUGGAACUACCAAUUAAGGAGGAAAAAGAUGCCAUCUCAAUAGAGUCAAUAGAAAAGCCAAAAAUAACAAGAAGCAGAGCUACAAAAUCAAAAGGGACAAAAAGAAGCAAAAACUUAGGAAAAGAAAGCAGUUGGUCCCCACCACCAAUGGAAAUACAGUUCAUUUCUCCUUUUGGCACCCCAAUAGAUGGAACAAAGAGCAAACAGAGAGAAACUUUGGACAAAGGAGAAAAAGCUGUUCGAAAGACUGUUCAUAAGAAAGAGAGGCAAGAGAGGCGGCUGUCUAGCUAUCCAAAGCCAGUUGUUCGGAAGAAGAUGCUAUAACUGUUUUAUUUUUUAAUGUGUAAUAUAUACCAGAAUUGUGUGGAAUAUGAAGAAAUAAUCAUCUAAUUUGGAAGAUAAUUUAUAUAAAUUAUUGUAAAAUUUCAGAAAACUAAAGGUCUUCAAUAAGUAACUCCAUAUGGAGUGUGAUUUCAGUCAAUGCAGUUUUUCUAUUUUAUAAGACACUUCAUACAUUUAUAUAAUAUGUAAAUACGUCUUAUUUUAGGAAUGUUAAAUAAAAAUGUAUACUUAACAAUGAUUAUUGUCCACUAGAUUUUUCAAAGAAUCUGGGUCUGUGGGACAAACGAACCCAAAGUGGAUUUUAAUGACGGAUUGCCACUGUUGAUGCCUCUGUCAUGGGAGGCUAGCAUUCUUUUUUUUUUUAAAAUAGUUUGCUCUUCAAGGUUUUUAAAAAUUAAAAUUUGGCAGUUUUAGUAUUUAUAGAAAAUGUUUUGACCUUCUGAGAAUUGGUAAAACGGUUUACCCAUCAGAAACAAAUCUUUCCUUUCCUGAUUGAACAUGUACUUUAUUGAAGUCAGAAUGUAAACAAUUGUAUUGAAGCUGUGCAAUAUUUUUUUGUAUUUGUCUUAACCUGGGAAAGCUGCUCCUCAGUUGAUAAAACAAAAUCUCACCUCAAA